AUGACAUCAAUUCCAGACCAGGAGUUGGAGUUCCAUUAUUCUCCAAGUCGAUGGUCACACAGAAUGGGCCCAGAUGAAGUCAUAGCAAAUCAUGUAGAGGCAGUAGAGAAAGGCAGCAGAAUUUCAAUGUGGACUUUAGACUGUGAAGCAGCAGUCAGUUAUGGAAACUCACAGGGACAGAAGAUGGACAUCUUUCACAAGAAGAAUACACCAAAGAGAGGUGCCCCAAUAAUGGUAUAUAUUCACGGAGGAUAUUGGCAAAUCAAGGAGUUAAACCGAGAGAAUUCUAGUUUUUUAGCUGUGCCUUUGUGUAAUGCUGGUGCUACUGUGAUUGCUCUUGGUUAUGAUCUAGCCCCUGAAGUAUCGCUGGACAGAAUUAUCUUUCAAGUUAAAAAAGCCUUACAGUUAAUCAUCGAUUUGGCGAAGGAAAGACAAAGCAGGCAAGUAACCUUCAUAAUACUAGUUGGAAUUUACUUAGCCGGCCAUUCAGCAGGUGCCCACUUGGCAAUCAUGAUGCUGAUGGCAGAAUUCUCCGAAGAAGAUGAGUUUGACAGUGAGCUUAUUAAAGGUGCUGUUUUGGUGAGCGGUGUCUAUGACCUUAGACCUCUCACGAAGACCUCCAAUAACGUGGCUUUGAAGCUCUCAGAAGAUGAAGCAUGGAGGUACAGCCCUCUGAACUUCAUUCAAGAGAUUUCCCAUCAGUCUCAGAACCGACAUAUUAUAGUUGCAGUUGGAGAGUAUGAUCCACCGGAGUUCCGCAGACAGAGUGGGGAAAUAGAGAAAAUGUUGAGAGACAACGGUGUGAGGACAAAUUACAUUGACGUGCCUGAUGUGGACCAUUUUAGUAUUGUAGACAAGCUGGCAGAGCCUGGCUAUUUACUGACCAAGGAAUGUGUUCGUCUGAUGGGCUUGUGA